AUGAACGACGACGAAGCUUACAUUCUUCUGCUCCUUUCCGACAGCAAUCUCCCCACUGGAUCAUUCGUCGCUUCAGCUGGUCUUGAGUCUUACGUCGCACAUGGAUUAUUCGUGUCUGUUUCUCGGUCGGGAGACGCGUUGGACAUCACCACGAACUUCGUGCGAGACAGUCUCGCAACAUAUGCUCGGAGCGCACUCCCAUUCGUAUCGGAUGCGCAUAGGCUCAUGGAGGAGCUGAUGCACUCUACCUGGGACGACGUAGAGAAGGGGAAGGAAAGACUGAGCAGCGCCCUGGAUAGUGUUAAGGCGCUCGACAAUCUCUACGAGGCCAUGACACUGAAUCAUGUCGCCAGACGUGCGUCCAAGUCCCAAGGAGUUGCACUCCUCACGUUGUACUCGAAAGGAUUCUCAAAGCCAUCCAUGUCGCUCUCGCACUCUAGGGAAUAUGCUGGGCAAGUGGACAUUGGCGCGACACGGGAGGCUCGUCCAGGGAAGUUCAUCGACGCCCUUAAGUUCAAGAUUAGACGAGAAGAUAAUCAUGGUCAUCUCCCUGUUUGCUGGGGUGUCCUCACAGCCGCGCUGGGUCUCUCGCUAGAACGCAGUCAAUUCCUCCAUCUGUUCCUGCACGCCCGGAGCCUUCUUUCAGCUUCCGUCCGAUUGAAUACAUUAGGACCAUAUGCUGCCCAACAACUUCUACUCCACGUCGUUAAGCCGCUCGUCGAGGUAGAGACAUCACGGUGCAAACAUCUCCGGACAGGCUACGAUAAGCCUCCAUCCGUCAGCGCAGACUCAGACAAUCUCUUGCAGGAGGUUUCGCUUGGACCAGCGAUGACAUGGCCCUUGGGCGAAAUCCUUGCAGCGCGGCAUGAUCUGCAGCAUUCACGGAUUUUUAACAGCUAG